AGCUAUUGACUUUUCGGAGGACAGUGCAGCGAGUGUUUCUUUGUCUCCAGAUUGUAGGUUCUGUGUGUCAGGUUGAAGGUUUUUAUUGGAUAAGAAGUGCUACCAUGAGUCGUCCUUUCAUCGGCGACCACAGAGGCGCGUACGACAUUCUAUUUUUCGCCAUUGCCUGUAUUCUAUCGUUUGCAUAUUCAUUUCCGGUCGUCCCCAAUGUAUCACCCGCUACUGGAUUAGCUAAUCAAUUCUAUACAUGGAAAGAAGAUCAGAGUAUUCGUUUCCAAUGUGUCGGGCCGGAAGAUGGUGAACCUGUUGUGCUGGUGCACGGGUUGUUUGUGAAUUCCGACCAUUGGCGAAAGUCGCUGAAGGCCUUGGGCGACGGUGGAUACCGAGUUUUCGCUCUCGAUCUUUGGGGAUGUGGGUACUCCGACAAACCGGCCGCAACUUCACAAGCCGCACAGCUUUGCAACGGCGAGAACGGCCGGAGUCCGUACAAUUUUUACACUUGGUCAGAUUUGAUAAGUGAUUUUUGUCGAGAUAUUGUACUCAACGAUGUCGAUAAACACAAGGCUGUGACACUAGUAUCAAACUCGAUUGGUACCAUUUCAAGCUUACAGGCGGUUUUGGACAAUCCAUCUCUCUACAAAGGAGUUUUCGUGGUGUGCCCAAAUUUUCGGGAACUGCAUUCAGCCGAAAUUCCUUUGCCUUCCUUUUCGAUGCCGGUCAUUCGCGGAGUACAGAGUUUGCUACGGACGUAUGGCCAAACUGCUUUCGAUGCGCUCGCCAAGCCCGAUACCGUCAAGCAGAUUUUGAAAGAGCCGUACGCUGUGACAGAAGCUGUUGAUGACACCCUCGUUCAAGUAUUGUUGGAUCCUCUGUUGACGGAAGGAGCAUCCCAGGUAGUCUUCGACACUCUAUCCUAUUCCGCCGGACCGUUGCCGGAACAACAGCUGUCGGUGUUUCCGAUGGACAAGCCUGUCUGGAUUUGCUAUGGGACGGCCGAUCCGUGGACGCCCGGGCCAAGGGUUGAAGCAUUGAAGCGCUUCCCAGUGGUCGAGUCCGUGGAGGCGCUGACCGACAUCGGGCAUUGUCCACACGACGAAGCCCCGGAGCUUGUACAUCCGCUUCUGUUUCGUUUUUUGGAAAGACUGAAUACAGGGAACACAAAAAAGGCGCAGACAGAAAGUAUGGUAAAAUAAAGCUUCUUUAGAACCGUG